UGUACAGAGUGCCAGUUCAGAGAAGGUGGGAUCGUCGCAUGGACGCAUGCUGACUGCUCCUUGCCUUGGACAGCGCGCCCAGUGGGCGCAGGUACUCAUGCUGCGCUUCCUGAAAACAUUAGUGCUCGUCACGGCCGUCCAAGCGGCCGAUCUGGCUGAAAUUGGACCGGCCCCCAAAAUCGGAAACAGUGCAGGGAUUUCCUGUCCGCCGUUUUCAUUUCCAGAAGAAACUUCGGCAAAUGGUUCAGCAACAUUCAUUUUAGGACUGUCUGGAAGUGGAAAGACCACAGUUAGCCUCCUUUUGACCCAUCCAUUCCACCUUCUUGUGGAACAAGACGAAAAUCAUGGAACUACCACCUUUCACGAUGAUCUGAACAAAACGUCAAAUGGCGUGACGUCUAAAACAAAAUUUCCAGAGAUUUUCAUUAUGGAAGAAGACGGAUUAGUGUUUGUUGAUUUUCCGGGAUUUUCUGAUAACAGAGGCUCGUGUCUCCAAGUGGAGCAGGCAAUGGCUAUGAACGCACACUUCCGUAAAACAAAAAGGGUUAAAAUUCUUCUGACCGCACCCUUUUCGUCUCUUGAGGAUAGAGCCAAUGAUUUCUUACAACUUCUUUUGUAUACAGUUAAACUGAUUAAGAACAGUCCUAAAUACAGUAAAUCGAUUGGCUUCAUUUUUACGAAAGCUCAACGAACGAAAAAAGAGUUCCAAAUGAUAAAUUUUGCCCGACAUGCAAUAAAAAAUGUACGAAGCUACAUAAACCGCGAUUUCACGACAGUACCUGAGCAAUAUCGCGAAAAUAUGUCCAAGCUCUUGGAUAACCCCAAAUUUGCCUUUUUUGGCCAUGGCGUUGCUGAAGACGAGUCGGGACGUGCUUCUGAGAUUCCGUCUCUGCAAAAGGUUCGCUCAAAUAUUUUGCACCUGUUAAAAUAUGACCUUGAGUUCGUGGAGACAUCACUAACCGACUUUGGAUACAGUCUAACGGAAUUUGCUGCCGAAGAGGUCAAGCGACAAAUUCAGUUUUCCGAGAUGAAAAUCACACACCUGUUGCAUCAAUCAUCCGACACCUUGGCCAGGAAGCUCAAUGAUCAUCUCAUCGACUACCUCCGUUCCACCAAACGGGACUCGUCUUUUCCAACUCUUUCUUUCCGUGAGAUAGAGGACUGCCUAGUGGACCUGGAUACGGCGGAUUCGGCCACCGUAGAAACUUUGUAUUGCUCUCAGAUUACGUCCUUGGAAUGGUGGCCGUCGCUCUGGAACGAGCUAUUGCAUUACUCCCAAAUGGAAGAUCUUCUAGAAGGUGCUUGGACAAGUGACUCCACAAAGUUGCUGAAACCAAUCAAUGACGUUGCCUGGUUCCUCUCAAAACUGAAAUGUGUCAUCAUUGCGUCCAACAAGGUGUGGCGCCUUACAAACUCAAAUCUACUCUUUGAGCGUCUAGUGGGCCUCCUUGAGAGUAAAGAGGUUUCAUUCCGUGAUAGGGAACGAUACCAAAAGAAGCUGGAGUUGGAACUGGCUGCUGGAUUGACGAAAGAAGAGGCAGCUAUUAACUUGCAUGGUGCUGUCGUCGGCUGGGAGGGUGAGCUGCAAAUGCAUGUCACCAGUGUUAUUGGAGUCAACGCUUUCAUGGAGCAGCUAUACUCAAUCAAAAGAUGCCAAAUCCAGAUUGAGUCCUUCCUCCAUCGAAGUGAAGUUCCUACGAUGUGCAGCGUAGGUGGCAUAGGCAGAGCGGGCGAUUGGUUCCUGAAAUUACAACAUCGUGCUGGUAUGCUGAUUCGAAUCCGUCAAAUCACGAGUGAUUUGUCAAAGAUGAUUGGCGAAAUAUUUCCUAGAGAGAUGCCUUUGGUUUCUGAGGUCCGGCUUGAACAAUUUAAUAUUUCCAAUCUAUUACUUUGCGGACAAGCAAUGCAAACAAUUUUGAACGAAUUAUCCAGUCCAGGUUUGUGGAAACAAUAUCCCUUAAAAACAAAUGCCUUUGACGCCUGCCCACUCGGGAAAUCGUGGUUUUCUGAGAUAAAGUCGGCCAUGAGUGUGCAGAUGUCAGUCCAUCAGGUUACUGGUUACGUAUUAAAAAUAAGUGAAAUUUCGUCAUUAAUACCUGCGGACCAACCCAACCUGGAAAUUAUUGCCAUACAUUCCCUCAUCAUUGACGCAGAUCUGGACACAGUUUCGAACCUUACCAUAGUUGCUCCCACGGUUGUGGUGGUCGGUAUUCGUUCGUUAAAAGUUAACGGGUUGUCAGGAGGGAAGUGGGAGGAACCGGCGCGCCAGGCCAGCGUGCCUGGCUGGCGUGGCGAAAACGGCAAACCCGGACACCCUGGUCGCCCUGGUGGCAGGGUUAUUUUGCUGAGCGAUACAAUUAUUAACUCGGAACAGUUAACCAUUGAGGCACACGGUGGGAACGGCGGGCCGGGGCAGCAAGGGGGCCGCGGUGCAGACGGCGCUGACGAGAGCAGCAACGGCGCUUUGAUCUUGAUAGAUGAUUACAGCGCCACUGAGCAGGUUGCUACAAUAGUCGGUGGAGUUCUUACACUUGGAGGAUCCGUUAUUUACGAUGCGUUUGCAGCGACUAGAUCUCGUGCAAAAAGGAUCUGUAUAGAUGAAGAUUCUGAAGAGUACCACACCACUAAUGGAUUCGUAUGCUAUCUUGAUGCUGAAAAAUUGCAACGCGCAUGCUCGCAAAUCGACUUAUCAGAAGCUUACUGCAGCAGACGUAAAGUCGAAAAUGACGUAAGAUGGAAAGGGGAUCCUGGAGCUGACGGUGGGGACGGUGGCAAAGGCGGCACUGGAGGUCCCGCUGGAGUUGUCAAAGUCUUUACACGGCAACCAUCAAAUGUGCGUAUUUCUGUCCUAGAGGGAAAAGAGGGCAGUGAUGGUGAAGGGGGCGAGGGUGGAGAGGGUGGGAAAAACGCUCCUGAUCAGAUGUGGUACAUAUCUUUCAGUACCAUUGUAGGGAGAAAAACAGCUUUGAAGCGCACAAGGCCUGGUGGCAGAGCCAAAAGUGGCAAGAAAGGUCGUUCUGGCGCCAACGAUUCUGGUCGCAAGGCUUUUGGCGCUCUGACCAUGGAAGCUGAGAUGCCUUACCGAGCAUUGAAAUUGUAUCAGGAUGCCGUCACCCAACGGUUUCGCAACAUAAGAAUGGAAGAUGUAGUGGGACAGCGGUUUCUUUCGCAUAUCGAUGAAGGUCACAUCGUACCUCGGACUGCAACAAGAGCUCCAAUCGAGCUUUUAUUUGUGGGUGAGCGCCUCGUGGACUUAGCUCAACGUGUGAAGACAAAAGUCUUUGCACGCGAAUCGCUCCCAAACCUCGAGUGGCUGGUGGCAUCUGUUCAGCGGCAUCUAAAUAGUCUCCGCCCCUGUCUCCCGCCGAAGUCGGUGGACCUGCAAUGGUACCAAUCCAUUCUGGCCAACGUGAAAAGGUCACUGCAGUUCGGCGGCGCCUCUGUUCUCGUCACCGACAGCGCCAAGUUCAUCGAUGCUUUGCUGGAGACUGCGAGGAAUCAUCUCAAUUCGAUAUUGGGUGAGAGGUGUCAUGAGUUGGUUCACCGGGAGCACGAAACCUUUAUAAGCAGCCUGCAAGAGAGAGCUGAAUCAAAGCAGAUGUUUGUGUAUUCCAACGUGCAACAGACUCUAAGACGACUCCAGGACGACUUGGAGAGACAAAGCGCGCGGAUUGCGACACACAACAAAGAAACGAACGCCUCCUUGACAGAAAUGGAAGCCUCUAUCAAGACAAAGCAAGUGAUAAAAGUUGUUCUUGAAGUAAUCGGAGCCGUGGGGGCCGCUUCCGGUAAUGCGGUAGCUAGCGCUGUAGCGAAAGCCGGGCCGUUCGUUGCUGGUCAGCUGGGCUUAGAAGAUCUAAAAAACAAAGUCAAGACAAUUAAAACUGAAUUGGCUCCUUUCAAACACAUCAAGAUAAUGCUUGACUUGUUUACUGAAUUUCUGAAUGGCAGUAAUAUUAAUAAUUACGAUGGAAUGGCAAAAAAACUAAUGAACCUAAAGCUCGAAGUUUCUCGGUGGGACAUUCCCUUUGCUGUUCUACAAUCAGUUUCCACGUACAUAAGUGUGCUGGAUACAGCGCUUUCAGAUCAGGCACAGGUCCUCCGCGAUCUAGACCUCGUCUCGACGCAUGUCCUGGCUGCCAAUUUGUCUGCAGCUCUGGCGAGUGAAAGUUGCAAAGAAAAACAUCACUCGAAACAAAUCGCAUUGUACUCGGAGGCGGUUUUGAUGUCAAAUUAUUUAGACGCAUUAUCGGGUUACCGCCAAUGGGCCUUUCCCUUUGAAUUACAGACUUUCAAGGUCCCUGAACUGGCAGUAGGAAAUACAAACGAAAUCAUAAGUGCCAGUGCCUUUGUAGACGACUUCGCGGCAAUGAAACUGGAUUUAGGCAUGCGAAGCAGCACUUUUUCUAAACUGUGGAUGACAUCUUCCGGCCUGUCAAACUUGCCUCCUCAGGAGUCUGCCCUUUUCCUUUGGCGUGGAGACAGGCACACUGACACAAUUUAUCAGCUCCUGCGAGGAGAAAUCGUGCUGAUUGACACGAUUGGUGCUGCCCUCCAGAAUAUUUCAAUUCACGCAGUAAAGGUCGGUGAAACGCAACUCCGCCUGUCCUCUCGAAACAGCUCGCUGCAGGAGAAGCUAGACAAGGCUCUGCGAGGCGCUCAGUUCAAUCUUACCCACUCGGGUCAACACUUUUACCACUGUGGACACACCAUACGCCACGUAGUGACUCCCCCUGUACCGUUGAUGUACACAACUGCCGUCGAUAAUCAGUCAGAGCCUACUUACUCGAGUCUCGUUUACAGAACCUUGAUGGAAAGUCGUCCUUUGCUCAGCCCUUUCACCACGUGGCUCGCAAGCAUAAGCAACCGGAAACGCCAGGAGUCCAUGGCCGCUCUAGCGGAACUGGCUGACAGUGCAGUGCUGAUUGACAUGCAGAUUCACGCUAGAGUGUCGUUUUUGAACGAGUGUCACCCAGGAAGUCAAGCUGAAGACCCAUUGGAUAUUUCGGCGCGCUCUCCCGACCCUCCUCCCGAAUUUCUUCUCUGAUGUACCUCAGGGUAGCUGGAUGUUUAAAGGGACACAUAUGUUAAAAGCACUUUGUAAAAACAACUUUUAGGUCUAGAAGGAUCAAAAUUUUAUGCUUUCUGCAUUAAAACCCUUUUACAUAAUUUAGUAAUCUUCAUGUUGACAUAAGGUUAAGUGACUUUAGUAAUUUUUUGGAAAUUUAGUAGAAACGUGUCAAAUUUUGGUUCUCGUAAGAUUUUGAC